CAGAUGCUGUUGUAGUUCUGUAUAUCACAGAGUGUAUAUCACAGAGCAGCAGAGGUCUUGACAUAGGAUCAGCACAGGGCACGUUUAAGGAAACGCGGCAGGAUCUACGAUAGAUUUAUUAUAAAUAAGAAGAUCUAAGGAAAUUUAACCAUAGUGCGAAUUAUAUCGUACGAUAAACACAAGGUUCCAGGAGGAAUACUUUAAUCUAAGCUCAGGAUCUACGAAUCUGAAACGUACUUUUGGAAAAGAUUUCAUAUUUGUGUAUAUAUUUUGGUCUUCACAGGGACUGUACCAUGGAGACUGUCCUUUUCAUCUGUAUCUUGUUCAUCAAUGCUGUGGCCACACAAACAGUGCAAGGCCACACUACCACUCUACCUCACCUGACUGGCUGCUUUUCUCGAGAACUAAUUACUUUUCAUUGCCAAUGGGAGCCUGGAUCUCUCCAGAACCUCACAGAACCUGGAGAUCUAAGACUUUUCUACAUGUUAGAAAAGGAUUCCAAGAAAAGCGAGAGUAAAUGGACUGAAUGUCCAAGUUACAGCUCCUCGAGGAAAAACGAAUGCUACUUCGAUUCCAGCAAUACCAUUAUAUGGUACCCUUAUGGGAUUCAACUACGUUCACGCUCUCUUGAUAUUGUGUAUGAUGAAAUGUCCUUCAAUGUGGAAGACAUUGUGUUUCCAGACCCACCUGUGGGACUCAACUGGACUCUUUUGAGUAUGGGCUCAUCUGGCUUAAUCUGUGAUGUGGUUGUGAGCUGGGAGCCACCCCCCUCGGCAGCAGAGAAUGUGAAGACAGGAUGGAUAUUGUUGGUGUAUCAGACACAGUACAGAGAAAAGGGUUCAGAACAGUGGAACUCACUAGAGAAUGGUAAAGAAACACAGGCGUAUAUCUAUGGUCUGCGCAGCAACACUGAAUAUGAGGUCAGAGUGAGAUCCAAAAUGAGAGGCUACAAAUUUGGUGACUUCAGUGACUCCAUCUUCUUACUCAUUCCUGACAAAGAAUCAAGAGUUCCUAUUACAGCUGUGCUUAUCUUUGCUGCUGUUGGUAUCGGGAUUAUCUUGAUGUUUGUUGUAGUUUCACGUCAACAAAAGCUAAUGGUGAUUUUCCUUCCACCUGUCCCUGGACCAAAAAUCAAAGGGAUUGACCCAAUGCUUUUACAGAAAGGCCAACUGAGUAAAUUCACAUCAAUCUUAGGCACCCACCCAGGCUUGCGUCCGGAACUGUAUAGCAGUGAUCCAUGGGUCGAGUUUAUAGAGGUGGACAUUGAGGAACCACACGAGAGUCAGGAGGAGCUCCUCAUUGCCAACUCUCCGGUCUCUGACUCCCCUCAAAUGUCAAGUGGUUUCAGGGAUGAUGACUCUGGUCGGGCUAGCUGUUGUGACCCAGACCUGUCAGAUCAUGAUCAAACAGAGAUUCAUCACUUUUCAGUCAGUGGACACGACGGUUUCCACCCUCUGUCUCAUGCUCAUUCUAGUACACCACAGCCUGUGGCUAUUGUUCCACAAGACACGACCUGGACUAACAACCUAUACUCACAGGUCAGUGACGUUACGCAGCGUGGUGAAGUAAUGCUCUCUCCAGAGGACCAAGGAAUGCUUUGCAACACCACCUGUCAUAAUGAGGCUCUUAAAGAUAAUGAGAACAAUAAGAGGAAAGAACUCCAGCGGUUGGUGGUGUUCCCUGAUGAAAGAGACUACACCUCCGCACUUGUUGCCAGUGUAAUCAGCGCCCAACACAGCCAACCUAUAACAGACUAUUCUACCUUCACAGAACAGAGUCAAGAACAACACAGUGCAUUCAGAGAACUUAAAAACAUGAGCACUGAAACAGACACUUCACCUCCGUCCACAGCAUUUCCCAUUCUUGCAAAGCCUACCAGUCCCGAGUACACCAUGGUGGAUGGGGUGGAUUGGAAAAACAGUCUCCUCUUGAAACCAAAUACACAAAUAGCCCCACAAGCAAAAGCAUUGCUAAAGACUUGGCCCACUCCUGAAGGCUACUUGACUCCUGAGUUACUAGACAACCUUAACUAAAAGUGGAGGAGUUUCUCAGAAUGCGUCACAGACUAGGAAUAUGUUUGCUCUUUGUGAGAUAUCUGACACGGUUAGUCAACACCAUACACGAUGUGUGAUCAAUGAGGGCGUGCCAAAUAGUAGCUUGAAACAAUGCCAAUUUGAGCCUCUCAAAUGGACAAGAUGUAACAAAUCUCUUGGCAAGCUAAUAAAUGGUUAUAUAUGGCUUGGAGUAAAUUUUAUUCUCCUGGUGUUGCUUUCAUAAUAACAUGCACAUUGUUUACUGUUUUAAAAAGAUAACAAUUUAGAUUUUAUGCAGCCACAUAGAGAUGUAGGCCUAAAAGCUACAGUACAUUGGUAUGAUUUGGCUUCUUAUAUUACUUAUCCAUAAUGUGGAAUUUUAUCAUCUAUACCAUUGGAAAAUAUGUUUUCCUCGAACUAACCAUUACAUGUCUGUGUAAAAUGCCUACUUUGGAUUAUCUUUCAAUGUCAGUGUUAUAAAGUAAAAUGCCAUGUUGCACAUUUAGAGUUUAAAUCAAGAGGGAUGUCUUAUGUGAACUGUUAACAGGUUUUUGUUCUCACUGCAUUUUUGGUUCUAUGAAAGACUGGACAGGCUUUUGAGAAAAUGCUGUAAAAUAAAUACUGUCAAUUUUCUUAUCAUGACAAGCCAUGACCACUUAGUGAUGUGUUUGGAUCAUGGUUCAUUGUUGUGAAACAUACAUUGUAUAAAAUGGGACGUUAUAAGCUAUAAUGUGUCUUUGUAAUGUACAAGGUAUUUCUAAAUAAACGGCAGCGAUGAACUCUGAAA